GAGAGAGAGAGGGAGAGGAGGGGAGGGAGAGAGAGAGAGAGAGAGAGAGAGACUCACACAUUGAGUGAGAGGGGAGACAGACUGAGAGAAACCUACGCCAGACGGAGCAGACGAGCCAUAUUUCAGGCGCACAUUAGCAGUGCGUACAACCGCAGGAGUGCGUAAAAAAACCCGUAACCCGUGACUGCGCCCUGGAUCGUAGACUUUUCCCUCCAGCGACGGUCGACUUUAAUUCUCUGCUGCUACAGAAAGUGUCUCCAUGAUCCCGGCAGCCCUCGCUUUUCUGAAUGGACGCGCUGGGAAGCUUCUCCGGUGACAUGGAAAUGCGUGUUAUUGAGCGUGUGGCCGGAUGCUGAGGGCACCAGACCAGAGCCAAGUCAGAUCCAUCUUUCAUUUUGAGUUUUGAACUCUUUCUCCUCGGCGCCUACAACAUGGAGGCUGCGAGCUUCCAGCCCCAUCCCGGACUUCAACAAACUCUCAAGCAGUUUCACCUGAGUUCCAUGCGCUCUCUCGGCGGACCGGCGGCGUUCUCGGCUCGGUGGCACCAGGACUCGCUGUUCGGUAAAGAUGGCAAAUCCGCAGAGAUGAUGAUCACGCUGCCCACACAGACGCCCCCGGUGAUGUCCGGUCCACUUUUCAUCCCGUCCGAUCGCUCCACGGAGAGGUGCGAGACGGUGCUGGAGCGGGAGCCCAUCUCCUGCUUCGCGGUCGGCGGUGAGAAGCGGCUGUGCCUGCCGCAGAUCCUCAACAGCGUCCUGAGGGACUUCUCCCUCCAGCAGAUCAACUCGGUGUGCGACGACCUGCACAUUUACUGUUCCAGGUGCACGGCGGACCAGCUGGAGAUCCUCAAGGUGGUCGGGAUCCUGCCGUUCUCCGCUCCGUCCUGCGGGCUCAUCACCCAGACGGACGCUGAGCGCCUUUGCAACGCGCUCAUCCACGGCGGCACGUACCCUCCUCACUGCAACAAGGAGUUCGGUUCCCUGGAGUUGGAGCGGAGCGAGAGCUGCUUCAAAGUUUACCACGAAUGUUUCGGCCGCUGUAAAGGACUGUUGGUCCCGGAGCUGUACACCGGCCCCGGUGCCGCCUGCGUCCAGUGCAUGGACUGCAGACUCAUGUUCCCACCUCACAAGUUUGUGGUCCACAGUCACAAGAGACUCGAGAACCGGACGGUCCACUGGGGGUUCGACUCGGCCAACUGGCGGUCCUACGUGCUCCUGGACCCGGACUACAGCGGGGAGGAGAAGAGUCACCUGGAGCAGCUGCUCAAAGAGUUGAAGGGGAAAUUCGACCUGACCAGAAAGACGUCCAUCAAACCGUGCAGGAUGGUGGAGGGGGCAGUGUGUGUUGGCUGUGGUUCACUGUCAGUCGUGUCCCAGUUAGCAGACAGGCCUGGUCCUGGGGGAGCAGCUCAGCCCACUCCCCCAUCCAUCAGAACUGACGGGGGCUCACAGACCUCAGAACUGACGGGGGCUCACAGACCUCAGAACUGACGGGGGCUCACAGACCUCAGAACUGACGGGGGCUC